UUCUACGUUGCAACUGACUGACUGACUGACCGUUUCUUGGUAAACAGUGAUCAACAAUAGGUUCAUACACCACUCAUCUUGUCAUGAUCCUAGAGCCCAUUUGCAUCCUUGGUUUUGAAGCUGCGGUGUUCGAAUUCCCUUCGGAGGAUCCUUUGUAUUCACCAUUUCUGUUGAAGCCCUCUCUGAACAUUCACUUUUCAUCCUUCGAAUUUUGUCAGCAACACUUGUGCCAUGAGAAUGCAGUGAGUAGGUCUCUUCCAUGACAGUGGCUACAUAAGAGUAACCUCUUGAAAACAUUCUCUACUCUCAACUAUACCUGGGCAUUUGAGGGUAUUUCCAUUCAGUUUUUUUUUGUCUUUUUCAAUAAUGAUUCUCAGAUAUAUCAAUCUCUUUGCAAAAUAUUUAAUUAUCGUCUAAAAAUUUUUUUAAAUUUUAUGUUAUCUACUUAUUAAUAGUAUGUCCAACAGUGAUUAUUCUAAUCUGAAUGAUAUACAAACAUUAGAAAUUGAAUUUUUAUUUUCUAUUUUUGAAAAUAAUCAAAAUCAUUGUUCAUUAGAAUAUGAUAAAUUAUCACGACGUGGUUCAUUCACAUUUCAUCCACAAUUCUAUGAACCUAUUAAAUUAUAUGGACCAUUUAUAAAUAUAAAAUUAAGAAAUAACUACGCAAUUGAAUCUGUACCUAAUACAAUCGAUAAAUAUUGUUAUCAUUUAAAAUAUUUCCCUGUAUUUAUUAUGACAUUUACACUUCCAUCUACUUAUCCUGGACAUAUUGCUAAUCUAUCUAUACCUGAAUUCACCUUAUCAUCAAUUUGGUUACCGCAAUCAAUUCUUAUUGAAUUAAAAAUGAAAUUAAUUGAAAUUGCCAAUAAUAAUUUAGGUGAAGUGACACUUUUGCCAUGUAUAGAAUUUCUACAAAAUGAAUAUUUCUAUGAAAUGAUUGCUAAAUUCACUGACAAUAAUCAUGAAUUAUUUACAUUUGAUCUUUAUAAAUUUUAUGAAUAUUAUACAUCAGAAAUAAAUUUAUCCAUUGAAGAUAUUUGUUAUUUAUUCAUCUCAAAUAAUGAUGAUCGACUUGAUAUAGAAUUUGCUGAAACAUUAAUUGAAUGUAAUGUAUGCUUUGAAAUAAAAAAAGGAAAAUUAUUUAUUAAAUUUAAAAAAUGUCAAUGUUUUGUUUGUCGUGAUUGUACAAUUGAAAGUUUUAAACUUUCAAUUAAUGAAUCAUUAUUUAAUGGACCAUUGUCAUGUUUACAAUGUAAUGAAGAAGUUGAUUAUACAGAGAUUCGUUAUAUUUUACCUAAAGAUCUAUACAAUAAAUAUGAAUCUUUAGUAUUAAAACGAAGUUUAGAUAUUAUGCCAGAUAUUGUAUAUUGUCCAAGACCAAAAUGUGAAUUUCCUGUUCUCUUAGAUUCAGAAAAUCUUGGACGUUGUCCACAAUGUGAAUUAAGCUUUUGUCCUAUGUGUUUAAAAACAUAUCAUGGUGUAAAUCCAUGUAAAAUUAAAUUACAAACAUUUGAAACUAUUCAACAAGACAACAAUGAAUUGAUUCAACGUCGUCUAAAAGAAGACGAAGAGUCAGAGAAGUUAAUUUCAGAAAAAUAUAAACUUUGUCCAGGUUGUUGGACACCAUGUGAAAAAAUUACUGGUUGCAAUAAAAUGACCUGUUCCUAUUGUCAUUUAUUUUUCUGUUGGUUAUGUUUACAAGCAAUUCAUAAUCGUGACAAUCCAUAUGCACAUUUUACAGAUGGUACAUGUAAAGGACAAUUAUGGACAGUAACUGAUCCGAUAACAAUUGAAUUUACAUGA